AUGAUGUCGGCCGUGUCCCUGGCGGGCCGGGCUCCGUCUUGCCUGCUCCGGCAUGGGCCAACCAUGCGAAUGGCAGGGCAGGUUCCGCGGUCGGUCCGGGCGUUUUCGACGGGCGUGCUCCAGAGCAGGCGGACACCGUCUAUGGCGCCGCAGCUGCAAAGCCUGUGCUCGCAGCGGACGCUGACGCAGUCGACGCGGCGGGCAGCUGCAUCAGCAGCCGGCGUGGGCGGCCAGUCGGUGCACAACCCGCGGGCGUACCUAGAGAGCGGCGUGAUCAAGCCGCGGGAGCACGUGGACGUGAAGAAGGUGCUGGUGAUUGGCAGCGGCGGACUGGCGAUCGGACAGGCUGGCGAGUUUGAUUACUCGGGAUCACAGGCACUCAAGGCACUCAAGGAGGCUGGCGUGGCGUCGGUGCUGAUCAACCCGAACAUUGCGACGAUCCAGACAAGCCACACGCUGGCAGACGAGGUGUACUACCUGCCGGUGACGCCCGAGUACGUGACCUACGUGAUCGAGCGAGAGCGGCCAGACGGCAUCUUCCUCUCCUUUGGCGGGCAGACGGCACUGAAUCUGGGCGUGGAGAUGCAGCGCCAAGGCCUGUUUGAAAAGUACGGGGUGCGGGUGCUGGGAACGAGCGUGCGCACGCUGGAGCUGAGCGAAGACCGCGACCUGUUUGCGCGAGCGCUGGACGAGAUCAACAUCCCGAUCGCGCAAUCGACGGCCGUCGGGACGGUGGACGAGGCACUGGCCGCGGCCAAGACGGUCGGCUACCCGAUCAUCGUGCGGGCAGCAUACGCGCUCGGUGGGCUGGGAUCGGGCUUUGCCAACGACGAGGCCGAGCUGCGCGACCUGGCAGCGCGAUCGUUGACGCUGUCGCCGCAGAUCCUGGUGGAAAAAUCGCUCAAGGGCUGGAAGGAGGUCGAGUACGAGGUGGUGCGCGAUGCGAGCAACAACUGCAUCACGGUGUGCAACAUGGAGAACUUUGAUCCGCUGGGCAUCCACACGGGCGACUCGAUCGUCGUGGCGCCGAGCCAGACGCUCAGCGAUGAGGAGUACCACAUGUUGCGCACGGCUGCUAUCAAGAUCGUCCGUCAUCUCGGUGUUGUCGGCGAGUGCAACGUGCAGUAUGCCCUGCAGCCUGACGGCCUGGACUACCGCGUCAUCGAGGUCAACGCCCGGCUCUCGCGCUCGUCUGCCCUGGCCAGCAAGGCUACUGGUUAUCCGCUCGCCUAUACGGCCGCCAAGAUCGGACUGGGCCACAGCCUGCCGGAGCUGCCCAACGCCGUGACCAAGACGACGACGGCCAACUUUGAGCCCUCGCUCGACUACAUCGUCACCAAGAUUCCGCGCUGGGAUCUGGCCAAGUUCCAGCAUGUGCGCCGCGACAUUGGCAGCGCCAUGAAGAGCGUCGGCGAGGUCAUGGCCAUCGGUCGUACCUUUGAGGAGUCUUUCCAAAAGGCCGUCCGCAUGGUCGAUCCGCAGUUUGUCGGCUUUCAGGGCGACGCUGACUUUGCCGGCAGCGAGGCCGUGCUCGACGCCGAGCUGCAGAAGCCGACCGACCGUCGCUGGCUCGCCGUCGGCCAGGCCAUGCUUCACGAAGGCUACACCGUCGAUCGCCUACACGACCUCACCAAGAUCGACAAGUGGUUCCUCUACAAGCUGCGCAACAUUGUCGACUGCACCCGCGAGCUGCAGGCCGUCGGCAGCCUGCACGGCCUGAAGCGCGAUCUCGUCCUCAAGGCUAAGAAGAUGGGCUUCUCCGAUCGCCAGAUCGCCGCCGCCGUCGGCAGCAACGAGGACGCCGUCCGUGCUCAGCGCCUGCAGUUCGGCAUCCGCCCUUGGGUCAAGAAGAUUGAUACCCUUGCUGCCGAGUUUCCUGCCGACACCAACUACCUCUACACUACCUACAACGGCAGCACCCACGACGUCGACUUUACCGACAACGGCAAGAUCGUCCUCGGCAGCGGCGUAUACCGUAUUGGCAGUUCCGUCGAGUUCGAUUGGUGUGCUGUCAGCGCAGCCCAGGCACUGCGUGACCUAGGCGAGAAGACGGUGAUGAUCAAUUUCAACCCGGAGACGAUGAGCACGGAUAGUGACGUUGUCGACCGGCUUUACUUUGAGGAGCUCAGCUACGAGCGCGUAAUGGACAUCUACGACCUAGAAACGGCCUCGGGCGUGGUGGUGUCAGUUGGCGGCCAAUUGCCACAGAACAUUGCGCUACGGCUACAGGAGACCGGUGGCGCCAAGGUACUAGGGACGGACCCACGUGACAUUGACCGUGCGGAAGACCGGCAAAAGUUCUCGGAGAUCCUCGACAGCAUCGGGGUGGACCAGCCGGCCUGGAAGGAGCUGACAUCGGUGGCAGAAGCGGCAGCAUUUGCCGAGGCAGUCGGCUACCCAGUGCUGGUGCGGCCCAGCUACGUGCUCUCGGGCGCGGCGAUGACGGUGAUCCGCAGCGCGGCCGACCUGCAGCACAAGCUGGAGGCAGCAGCGAGCGUCUCGCCCGACCACCCGGUCGUCAUCAGCAAGUUUAUCGAGGGGGCACGCGAGAUCGACGUGGAUGCCGUGGCCAACGGUGGCCAGGUGCUGGUGCAUGCUGUCAGCGAACACGUCGAGCAGGCGGGCGUGCACUCGGGCGACGCCACGCUGGUGCUGCCGCCAGCUGCCCUGGACGACACCACGCUGGCACGCGUGCGCGAGAUCGCCGACAAGGUCGCACAUGCUCUGCGCAUCACCGGCCCUUUCAACAUGCAGAUCAUCCAGGCGGCUGAUCCGGAGGGCGGCCUCCCGGCGCUCAAGGUGAUUGAGUGCAAUCUGCGGGCAUCGCGCUCGUUUCCCUUUGUCAGCAAGGUCCUCGGCACCAACUUUAUCGACCUGGCCACGCGCACGCUCGUCGGCCGUGACGUCCCGCCACCGACUGACCUCAUGCGCGGUCCCGUCGCUGAUGCCCGCGACUAUCUCGCCAUCAAGGUCCCCCAGUUCUCGUGGACUCGGCUCGCCGGUGCCGAUCCCUUCCUCGGCGUUGAGAUGGCCAGCACGGGCGAGAUGGCCUGCUUCGGUCGCGACCUCGUCGAAGCGUACUGGACUGCCAUCCAGUCCGCCAUGAACUUCCGCGUUCCCGAACCAGGCGAGGGCCUCCUCUUUGGCGGCGAGACCGAUCCCGACCGCGACUGGCUCGCGCAGGUCGUCCGCUAUGUCGCCCCCCUCGGCUACAAGCUCUUUGCUGCUGAGCCCGCCGUCAAGACCUUUAUCGAAUCUACCGCCGCACAGCCCGUCGACGUCCGCCUGAUCGAGUUUCCCAAGGACGACAAGCGCGCCCUUCGCGAGGUCUUUGCCAAGUACGACAUCCGCGGCGUCUUCAACCUCGCCCGUGCCCGCGCCGAGACCACCGGCGACGUCGACUACGUCAUGCGCCGCAAUGCCGUCGAUUUUGGCGUUCCCCUCUUCAUGGAGCCGCAGACCGCCAUCCUCUUCGCCCGCUGUCUUAGCGAGAAGCUGCCUCGUCCAGCCGGCAUCCCGUCCGAGGUCCGCAGCUGGUCUGAUUUCCUUGGUGGAAAGCCCUUGUAA